CGAGAACAGCAGCGUCAGCGAGAGCGUACCACCGCUGAACGGGGAAGCGUGUUUUAUUUAGCGGACACAAUAAUGGCAGCUAAUCGACGACGCCGUCCUUCUCUACGCGGCCCAGUCGGUGUCGGAGGUGCCCCCACUCCUGAGCCUUCGCUGUGAAGCCGCCGUCUUCAUCCAGUUGCUUCCCUGGCCUUCCUGCUCACCCACAAUGCACUGCCAGAGGGUCCUGUGUGCGUCGGACAGACUGAUGUAACCGCUGCCACCACUUCCAUCUUGAGCGCUUCUACCACAGCGUACGUACACUGAGGUCCUGUCCUCUGUUGUUCUCGUUCAGUUAUCUUACGGCGAUCAUGUCUGGCUCAGGCGAUUUACCAGCCAUCGAGGGUUCAGGGAUGGGCGGGAUGAAGCUUCCCAUCGGGAUGACCCGCCGAGCUAUCAGCUAUGACGACAACCUGGAGGCGCCAAUGUCCACGCCCCCUCAUGACAUCAGCAUCAACAACCUGUGGAGACGACCCGUCAUACCGGAGAGGAAGUUCAUGCAGCUGGCUGAGGAGGACGAGAGCGGUGCAGUGAGUCAGUCUGCGGCGCAGGACAGCGCCCUCCUGAGGCCACGGGGCGUUGUGAAAACCAAAGCCUCGUCCAUCAUCAUGAAUUCCCUCAUUACCAAGCAAACUCAGGACAGUGUGUACAAGUUUGAGCAGAGGGCGGGGCUUACUGACACCAGCUACACACCCCACAAAGGCCUCACCGCCGAGGAGACGAGACACCACCACCGCGUGCCCGAGUCUCUCCAGAAACUGCAGAUCCAGAGCAUGGAGACCAGAGAAGAGCGGCCGAGCUCGUCCGCCCAGUCCACUCCGUCCAGCACGCCGCACAGCUCGCCGAAACAACAACGCAGGACCUGGUUCAGCAGCACGGGGUCGGACGUCAGCAUGAGCUCCUCCAGCAGCAGCAGCCUGGACAUGGGAGGAGCGGACGCGGCAGCCGGCGCGCUCGAGAAGUGGAGCGUGUUCAAUCCCCGGCCGCUCGUCCACAAGUCGACCUCUGACCUGGGAUCGGACGCAACAAGUGCAGCAGGCUUUGCGCUGCAGGCGUACCGCGGUGCCCAGAAGCCGACCCCAAUGGAGGUGAUGAAGUCGCAGGCCGCGCGGCUCAACGACGGCAUCGACGCCCAGAGGAUGGCCCCUCCCAAAAUGGAGAUCCCCACGGUGGAGGGCCGGCGUCAGGGAGCGCGGCCGCACAAGCUCAAACCCAGAGACAUGAACGUCCUCACGCCGUCGGGUUUCUGAGCGGGACGCGGCGCCGCAGGUCGCCCCGCGUAUACUCGUGCAUUUCACUCAUUCUUACCUCAGCGACCCGUCCCUUAGCUCUGCUUCAGCAUCAAAAACAACGUCAAACAUUUUAUUCACAAUAACUUAAACUUAAACUCACUACGGCCCCUUAAAAAAAACAGGAGGAGGAGAGUGGACAUGAAUUAAGAGUCAGGAAGUGACUCCAUAUCACUUUUUCUUGUCCAAUAAGAGCUCCAGACGUCAGAUGUCUGACUCGCGGCGGUUAAUUAGCGCUGGAUUCGCAGCAUUAAAGGGGAAACUUAAGGGUAACGCGCCCCUUACUUUAUCAGGUAGAAUAAAUGUUUUCUCUUAGAAUACAGUAAGACCAGGAGCGGACCAUGCGUUGGACUGCUUUCACACUACUAACAUAAGAUAUGUUUCCCCUUAAGUUUCCCCCUUAACUCGCAACCAGGUCGCUGGAAAUCUGGGAGCCCCUCAACGUCAGCGCCUGUGGCUCUAUGCUGAUCCACCUCUGCCGUCCGAAGACCGCGUUUCCACCGAGCAGAGCGGUUCAGUUCAGUUCUGUACAUUUUUGGUUUUUUUUGUGCGUUUGCCUUUAGUAAGGGAACCCAAACGUCCCUUUCCUUGGUGCCCCUCAGAUUUAUCGGUCGACCUUUUAAUCUAACUUCACUCUCUCAUGGGACCAAACGUUCACAUGGACUCUGCACUGUUCCGCCGUCUAUAUACAUAUAUACAGUAUAUACAUAUAUAUAUAUACAUACAUACAGUAUAUACAGUAUAUAUAUAUAUAUUAUGAUAAUUGUCGUAAUCGAUUGAUCUGUGGAUUGUUUCCGAUGAUGUUUGGAUGAUUUCUCUGUUGCACGGAGCAAAAGAACCGGCGAAUACUCACGUUGAACUGAAAUGAACCGUCGCAGCCCUCAUAUGUGCAUACAUUUAUAUUAUCUGCUGAUAGAUACUCCGCUCAUCCUUUUGCUCUUUGCUCUGUUACAUCCACGUUGGCCGACGUGAACUCUGCCGUCAACCGGCUUCUCUCCAAUGUUUGUUUUUACUCUUUUUUUGGUCGUUUUGAAAUCAUUCCCUUUUUAAAUGCACUUUAUCCUCGCGCAGAUCCCCACAGACGUCCGUCCACAUGGAAGUAUAUAAUAAUAAUGUCAUAAAUGUCUCUAGAAGUGUCUGGUUUUUGUUCUUAAAGAUUCGUUUCACUGAUGCCGAGUCGACGGAAUCACAGAAAUUAGUUGGCUCCUGCUCACUGAAAAGUUCCAUGUAUUUAAUAUUUUUGUCUUUAAAUCCUCGACUGAAGCGAAAGUUUAAAUAAUAACAAGCCGUUACUUUUUCUUUUGGUUUUAAUCAUGAGUUCGGAAUCAAUCGUCUUUGAACGCUCCAGUGUUUUUAAAUGCGACGUUUCCUCGAGACGAAGGUUCAUAGAGCUUGAAAAAGAAAGGCACUGCCUCUUAUUUGUCGGCGUAUUAACGUGAGUAAGUUUGUCGCGGUUAGAUGUCGUGUGAUGCGUGUGUUUCUGAUCUGUUCCGUUUUGUUACGUUGGGUCGUCGUGUGAAAGUGCGUCGCCCUUUAAACUUCUUCUCCGCUGACUGAACUUAUGUUGUUUAUGUCGUGUUCCGCAGCCUCUCUCUUUUAUUUCAUUUAGCUUCCGUCUGUUCAGAGUUUUUCAAAAUAAAUGUCCCAGUCUCAACGCAAGUACGAGCGUCUCUGGUUAUUUCUGCUGUGAUUUGUUUUCUGUAUCUACUGUUUUCUCCACCUGAAGAACUCAUGAACUCCUUCAAAAUAAACAUAGGAACAAAUGGAAUUACUGAUCAUUUGUUCACGUUAAUGUCACCGUCAGGAGAAACGAGGAGAAAUAGAAGUAAAAGGUUUUCUCGCGGUGGAAACAAACAUUUGCCACGUUCGGCACAGAUUUGCUCACGAUUAUGUCGGGACAGUCGACCUCGACCUUUCAAAACCCUGGUCGUGGUCGCCGUCCCUUGCAUUACCGGUGACAACCACCAGAUGGUGCUCUGCAUCGCUUUCACAGUUUAAAAGUGAGUCGAGAGCUGUAACCCAGGAAAAAAAACUCUGCUGAUAACAUUAAUGUGCAGAAACCAUUGUUUUAUUGAACCUUUAAUGGAAAAGUGUGGUCAUGCAGCGUGAACAGGACACAGUUCAGAGGACGAUCGUACAGGUUAUUGCAUCAAUCAGAAAUCUUUGAAUACCAACGCGUUUGAUGUACAAACAGAUUCCACGUACACUUCAGGAACAAAAUAAAAAGUCUGUGUGUUUUAGAGGGUUUUAAAUAUGUCAACAAAGCAUCCGCAUUCAUUUUUUUGGAUUGUUUGGAACACCCUGAAAGUCUGACUGAGUCUUCAUUGAGAGGAUCCAUCAGUGUCUCCACCCAACAGCCUGUCAACUAUCAACUUUCCUUCAUAGUCUACUUUGGAUCAAGCUUCCUCCAGUCAACCCUCAUGACCUAACUCCUCCUCCUCUGACCUUUCCAUACACUUUCUCUUGGCGUCCGUUCCUCAGAGGCUCCCUCUCGCUCCGUCCCCGCCCUUCCGCUUGAUCUCCCCGUACAUCUGGAAGAACAUCUCCAUCUCUCUCUGCAGCGUGUCGUUCUGGAGGUCCGCGUCGGCCUUGGCUCGCUCCAUGUUGCGGAUCUUGAGCUCGGCGACGCUCUGGCUGCGCCUCUGCUGCUCCAGACUGACCCGCAGCAAGGCCACCUGCCGCUUCAGGACGUCGUUGCAGCGCUCCAACCUGCGGCGGGACGUCACAGAACAGGCUCCAAUCAAACACUGCAUGUACGCCACACUUUUUAAGGCUAGUGUGAGAGUACUUUCAUGUGUCAUAUCUGUACAAACUGAUGUGUAAUUCCUACAAAGAUAUUUGGAUACAUUUGGAUGUAAAGGCUCACACAUGAAUCCCCGGAGCAGAACGUGAAGAUGCUCUGAUGCUCUUGUCGUUUUCUGACGGGUCAAGCACAGCGCCCUCCCCUGGACUGCACUGUAAUUACCUCAGACAACCUGAAGCCCUUCUAUCUGCUCAAAGAGGUGCCGAGUGGUGUGCUCUCAUGCACAGUUAUUAUCCGUCUUUGUUUAGCGAUACACCGAGUCGAACUCAUGUUACAGAGAGCGUGACAUAGUUAAUAUUCAGUACUGUAUUCAUGUGUUCACCCUCUCUGGCCUUCCACAUCGUUUGUGUCGCUCUUAAUUUGCUUCUUCAGGAACUGAAGCUGCUGAGAGGACGUGGUUGGUGUUGGUUGUCAUGAAAUGGUCCGUGUGUUUGUUUUUUUUGUGCCGAAUAAAGUUAACGUCAGUGUUUGCUGUCA